AUGAUGUUCAACGCAGCAGUGGUGGGUAGAUGCGAUAUACGAAACAUUCGAUCCCUUGAGGUCGACUUCCUCUCAUCGGCUUCAACUGAGCUGUACGCAGCGCAAUAUCGAACGAGCUCCUUUUCAGUAUCUGGCUAUGGCCUGGCGCAUCCUCCUUUUGCCCAGGCAGUGCUGAAUACAACCAGGUGGUAUUGCAUGGCAUCGUUGCCCAUCCAUACAUGCGAUCAGCCGUACAUAGCUUGCAGGAACACCAAGGUUUUGUCCAAGGAAAAUGAUGAGCGCAUACGAAUGGGAGCGGAAGAACUUGCCUCUGUGGCCAAAUGCCAGAUUGACCCGCAAGCAAUCCCAUAUCGGAUCUACUCCACGUAUCACCCGUCACGUUUUGUCAUCAUCUGCGGCCUGCGAUCCAUCAUUGGCAUUCCCAACGUUGCGUCACAACCGUCAGGGCUCAUCCACUCCAUAUCAACUCGACCCAAUUCGGAUCUGAACCACAUUGUAAGAAUCACAAGGGCAGUGGGCAGAUCUGACUCAUACUACCCUUGGGGCAAGAACAAGGCUUUUAGGGCCCUCCUUGCCGAGCGUGAUAGGGGCGAUCUGCCAGGCAGCAUCUGUCUGUUGGUGGCCGAGUCUGGGGCAAGAGGCCCGUUGGCCCGGCUCAGGGAUGUGACCUUGGACUACGACAACUCUCCCAAGUUGUCUGUUUAUCUGCACACCUCAUCCCGGGUGAUACCGAUUCUCAAGAAAGAAGACGGUGGCUUGGUUGUUGACUAUCUCCUCGAGAGCUUUCCCCGAGGACCUACGACGUGGCGCACCAUCGAUUGGGACCAGCGCCGGUAUAUCUCGACGAGUAUCCCCGAGGAGGUUGACAUUGGUGGUGGCGAUGAAGAAGUGGAAGAGCGAAUCACCCAAGCUCUGGCUGACCUCGUCGACCAGCUUGACCCCGAUGUUAACCUCGUGAACUUCUCGAUCGACGGUCAUCUUAUCUCGACCUCGUCGGAUUCAAGAGACGACUCCGCUCUGACGCCUCUUUAUUGCCCCGUCGAAAUGAUACCGGAGAAUUACAUGCGCGGUCGUGUUGUCUCAAGGGAUGACCUUGUUGAGAUUGAGAGACUGUCCCCGUGUGUGGAUCUUAUCACUUAUAGAUCCCAGCCCGGAUCAAGGGCCGUGUUCAAGUAUCAGUUCCACCAUGAGCAAGCACUGAGGAACUGGCACGAGCUCAACUGCUGGCUGAGGCUCAGCGGGCACCCAAAUAUUGUGCCCUUUGACUGUGUGGUUACGGAUUACGAAAACGUCCCGAAUUACGGCACUAUCCAAGUUGUCGUUGGCUUCACAUCAGUAUUCGUACCAGGCAUGACACUGCAGGAUAACCCUUUCAGACUCUUCAAACUGAAGCAUCUCGAACAGCUCAUAGAGGUGGUCGACUAUUUGAACCUAAAAUUUGGCAUUGUCCACGGAGACAUAGCACCUCGAAACCUCGUCAUCAAUCCUGUCACGGAAGUGCUACAGAUUUUUGACUUUAGUUGUGCUGCAAAGCUUGGAUGGAAGGGCGCUAUGAAAGAUUUUCGGCUUUUCAACAACUCGGGCAGCUUCAAGAUCGAUCUCAUGGGCGUCGUAGCCACCGUGUAUGAGGUCAUUACCCAAGAUACCCAGCUCGCAGAGCAGGUUCUCCUUGGCGCGGAUAUAUCCACGAUCGAGGAGAGGAAAUGGACCAAGCACCCUGAAGUGCGUCUCGACAGAGACAUCGAACACUAUCGGCGGACCCUUCGAGGCUGGCUGCACCGGCGAAAUCAGCCAGAAAAUUUGAUCACACACUACACACAGGCCCCGAGGCCCCUGGAGUGGCCGCAGUCCUGGCGACCGGAAGUUCCGUGGCUAGAUGAAGAUGGAAAACCGAUUGGAGAAGCCAGACCAAGUAGCUUUGUGCCGCGGGCUGGGCUCAGAGCCGCGGGCCUCAAGUUCGUCGAGUGGGAGCGGCCUGCCCACAACAAGAUCCCGGAUGGCUUCCGCGUACUUGCAAAUGGGACGCUGGUUGCGCAGACGGAUUUAGACUAG